GCUUACGUUGCGCACCUGGCCGCACUCUGUCUCCGGGAGCGGAAAGAGUUUGGACGGAUGCCGUGCGGGGUUCCCAAGUGUCUGCCACAUGAGCUGUACAAGAACAAUGGAUACCAGACUACAGGAGGCUGAAGGAUUUGGUGAUGAAAGUUCAGGAAAGAAAAAGUCUAAGUUUAAGUCUAUCAAAAAAUUCUUUGGGAAAAGAAAAAGGAAAGAGACGUUACCAUCUUCUGGAAGUGGUAGUCUGAAACUAUAUCAGUCAACAAGCGAUGUCACAACCUCUGAGUCCAUGCACAUAGGCUAUGAUUCAGAAGAUGAACCUGAGAUACACAACAGUAUUAUGGGAAGCAGAGCCCUGUCCCACGACAGCAUUUUCAUUUCUGAAGCUGCACAAGAACCUGCAAGGCCAGUACGAGUAUUUUCUCAAGAAAAUGUUUCUGGUCGGAUUAGGGCUUUGCAGUUGAAACUGCAACAGAAUUGGAAAUUUGGCCGCACUUCUCCAUUUGCAACUCCCUCAAAGAGAAUGGAUGAUGCUGGAAUGAGUUCAGAGGAUGAUGGGCUACCCAGAAGCCCACCAGAAAUGUCUUUGCUUCAGGAAAUUUUAAAUUCAAAAACAGUACAGUUCUCUGACUCUCACAAGCAUCUUAGCUCUUUGAGUUUAGCUGGAACAGGCAGUGAAGAAGAAGAACAGGUCACAUCAAGUCCUUGGAGACCUUGUUUUGCUGAAAGCCAGUUAUUUCCCAGGAAGUCAAGUGUUAAAAUUAUAGCUGUGUCAACCUCUGAAGGCAGCCUUUCACCUCCUGCAGAUUUUGAUACUCCUCCUGAGUUCACCGCUGUCUUGGAUAAUUCAGCUGCUAAGCACAAGCUUUUAGUAAAGCCACGAAACCAGAGAUCUAGCAAAAUGAGAAGACCACCUUCGAAAAGUCUGUCAGAGUCUCAAAAUGACCUGAGCUCUACCCCUGAGGAAGAUGAAUGUGAAAGGAAAGAGGUGCUGGCUGAACUAACCUAUGAAAGUGUCAGUUCUAGCUGUCUGACCACGACAGAAAGUACAGCUUCAUCAAAUGAUGCCACAUACUCCCAGCAACUUGAAAUGUCAAAGGGCCUGCAGCCUAGCUUGAAUCAUCAAGAUGAAAAUUCUCCCAUGUUGCACUCUGCCUCUCAAUUGGAUUUGUCUCUCUGUGAAUAUAAUCUAGAGGACUGCCAAACAUCACAAGGAUUUUCACACACUAGACCUUCAUUACCCUCUUCUGAACAGAAAGAAAAUGUAGCAACAUUCUGUCUUACUCCAGAACUAGAAACACAAAGGGACAAAGAGUGCUAUGAAUCAGAGAAGAUAUGCCAGGGGAAUUUAAGUGGUAAACACAUUUCUGAUGUGCCUUCCAAGAGUGGCUUGCUGUGUGAUAUGAGUACCUUAACCAAAAAUGAUGUUCUUUCUACAUUAGAUGGAACAAGAAAAAAUAUAGACGAGGAAGCUCCUGCACUUGUGGAAGACGUUUCUAAUACAGUAUCAUCUUCACUGGCUAAUUCUCCUGCUCUUUUACCAAAAAGUCAUUUUCAGCUUAGAGAUGCAGCCAGUCCUGAGAAUAAUAGUUAUUCUCAGUCUCCAUGUACAGCCCCUACAUCACAGAAAGGCAUACCUUCUUCCUGGACUCUAGACAAAAUGAAACCUACACAAGAGUUCCUUGCAUCUGAGAAAGAAAACAACUCUCCCGUAGCACCUGGUAUAUUGAUUCUGGGAGGGAAAACUGAGAAAGCAGCCAGUGAGCUCAGUGCCUUGAAAAAAUUUUCUGUGUCUUCAUCUCGUGAGAGGCUAAGGACUAGCAGCUUGAGCCGGAAAGAAAAUUCAGAAUGUGAAAAUCCAAUAAACAUACAGGUAUUGCAGACUAAAAUAAAAAGCUCCUCGAGAGACGAGAAGCUGAAGGAGCCAGAAACUUUUCAAGAGAAAAAAAGCAGCACUAACACACAGACACCUCCUCCUCCGUAUGAAUGGGAAAGCACAGGUAAAGGACUAGAUAAUGUCAUGCUUGAGUCACUGCCCCAGGCCAUAAAUCCAACAUCAGUGUUGAGUAAUUCUGGUAGUGGCCUACCACAGCAGUCAAGUGCUAGCCAGACAGGUUGUGAAGAUAAAAAUCCAUUUCAAGUUAAACUCAGAUCAACUUCAUUAUCACUGAGAUACAGAGACAGUUCUUCACGGGAAUCAAAAGAGACAAAAAGAUACAGUGCAGAGUUUAACCUAGAAAAAGAAGAGCUGCCUUCAACUUUGAUAAAAAGUGAAAAGGGAGAAGUGCGAAACACAACUAACAUAAAUAUCGGCAACACAUUAAACGAAACCUGCAAAACUAAGACAAAGUCCCCUGAACCGUGCCGUGCAAAGCCUCCAUUGCCAAGGAAGCCUAUUUUACAAAACCUGGUUAUUACCGGCACUAACACAAGUACAGAAAAACAGGAAAAGGCCAUCAAAUGCCCUGAAUCAAAAAAUGAAGAGAAAGAUUUGGACAAAAAAACUGGUCCCUCUGAAGUGCCUGAGAAAAGUGUGCCUUCUCCUGUGAGUGCUGUGGAUGCUGCCAGAGGAAUGGAAAGCCAGAUGAUCCCAGCCUGGAUUACUAUAGCAAAGCAAAAGCAGAGAAUCAUGGAACAGGAGCUUAGCAGAGAAGAGAAACCAGUGGCUUAUGAUAAGGCAGGCGCAGAAAAGCAAAAAAGAGAGAUGGAGAGAAUGGAGGAAGCUAUUAAGCAGCAAACAGACCUCACCCAGCGCGCAUUCUUGCCUAUGCCAUCCACAGUUCAUUCUGAAGAAGAGACAAAGGAAGCAAAGUCUGAUACACAAGAGAUGUUGCCAAGAGUCAGCUUACUGUCACAUCAUAGCUCUGUUCAAUAUUCAGUGCUGUUGGAAAAAGAAGAUACAAAACUGGUGAAGAAGGUCACUCAUUCUUCCUCAGAUCAGCCAUCAUGGAUGGAACUUGCCAAAAAGAAAUCUCAAGCUUGGAGUGACAUGCCCCAGAUGAUAAAAUAGGGCAAGCCUUUUAUACUGGUAGUAGUUGCUCCUUAGGAUAACUUGCUGUUAUAAUUGAAUUGAUGAAAACCAGUUAAUCGCAGUGAAAUCUACAAAGCAUCAUAGAGGCUUUGAAACAAGGACAUGGGGAAAGAAUUGUUGACUACAUGUUUAUUUGUUUAACCCACUAAAAAGCUAUGUAAAGGACUACUUAUCCCUUGAAGAAGCUUUAGAAAAAUAUUCAUCUUCAGGAGGUGUUGCUUAUUUUCUGCAUUUCUUUUUCUCUGCAGUGAGAUUUGUCACAGAUAUGCCUAGCCUAUUUACUACAAUUUGUUAACCACUGUUCUACUAGUUAGCAAAUUAUCCUUCAUACAGAUUUUUUUUUGUCCAAGUGAAUUUUAUAAACAUUUUCAAACCCAAACAUUAAAUAAUAAAAACUCUACAUAGUUCCAUUAGAAUUUAGCAAUAAUUCCUUUCUGGUAACAUAAAAAACAAACAGAACUCAGAAUAACAGAUACAGAAAGAAGAAAAGUGGGCAGUGUUACAGAGCAUUUAAUUCUAUUGUACCAGAUAAGUCCCCAAACUUCCUUUAUUCAUGAGGCCUAUUCAGAUUCUCAUCAUAAGAAUACAAGAUGCUGGAAAAGACAACCAUGCUAGGAAAGAUAGAAAGCAGUCACCCAAAAUGAGAUGGCUUGAUUCAAUAAAGGAAGCUACAGCCGCCACUUUGCAAGAUCUGAGCAAGGUUGUUAAUGAUAGGUCAGUUCGGAGGUUGUGAAUUCAUAAGGUUGCCAUAAGUUGGAAGCAACUUGACAAUGCACAACACACACAUUCCGAUUCUGCUUCAAAAGUAAGUGGCAUGGGCUCCUUUCUUACUUCCUUAACACACUUUUUGUUUUUUAAUUGACACACGUAAAAACCAACACCCAUACCAGAGGAUUCCAUGUUUGUUCAAGUCCCAAGAAGGCUCUAUAUCACAGGGGUCCUGUGCAUUUAAAAUCCUGCAUUUAAAAAAAUCAGAUCUCUGGUGCAGUUGUUGCUUCCUAGAUGAAGCGAGAGGUGGAGGAGGGAGCAUGUGAAUGAACAUUCUUAGUUUUGCUGCCUAUUGUAGUUUGUGGGUGAGAAAUAGCAAUUGAGUAGACCCAUGGUCUAUAAGAUGAGACCGAGUUGAUGAAAAGUUCAUCUAUAAUCAUGCCC